AUGCCGGACGAGAUUUCAGUGGAUUUUUGGAAGUAUGCAGGUGAGGCGGGUUUAAGGUGGUUGACAGAUUUGUUUAACGUCAUUUUCAAGACUGCAAGAAUGUUUGAGGCUUGGAGAUGGAAUUUAGGAGAGGGUGGUCAAGCGGAGAUUGAGGAGAGUAGUGUCCAUUUCGGAGAAUCAGUUUGGUUUUAUGCCUGGUCGCUCAACGACAGAGACAAUCCAUCUGGUGAGGAGAUUGAGGUAAGAGGUGUUCCGGUAGCGUACAUCAGAGCUAUUAAGGAGAUGUACGGUAGAGGGAAGACUCGGGUGAGGACGGCGGGAGGUGACUCAGGGCAUUUUUCGGUCGAGAUAGGUCUGCAUCAGGGUUCGACUCUUAGCCCUUUCCUUUUUGAAGUGGUGAUGGACGUGUUGAUGCGGAGUAUUCAGGGUGAGGUGCCUUGGUGUAUGUUAUUUGCAGACGAUGUAGUGCUGAGUGAUGAGACGUGGGGGUGUGUGAAUGAGAAAUUGAAG